AAUAUUUGACCGUACAAAUCUAGGCUAGAAGGGAUCAAAUCAAUAUUGGGUUUAUUCGAUUGGAAAAAAACUUAUAGACAAUUUAGUUUGCUAUUUAUUACAAUAUACAUUUUUCCUACUUGAUGAACAGACUCCUACAUGAAAAUCUAGAUAUUAUUUUGCUACUGAUGAACACUAAUGAAUUUUUUAGCCGAACGCAUAGUGACUUGUAUAAAUUGCCUAGUAGUGAUUAUGAAUUCACAAAAAAUAUUUUAUAGUAUUUGCGUGAAAAAAUCUUCUAUAGAUAAAAUAAUUGUUUGGAUGUAAUGAGAAUUUAUAAAUAAAAGGUUUUAUAAUGUUCUAUCCAAGGAAUUUGACUCGUUUUUGUUUAGUUUCAUAUUAUACAUCAGAAAUGAGUCAGCCAAAACAUUGCAUUUAUAAAUUGUACGCUAAGUAAUUAUUCAGCUCAUUAAAAAGAAGAUUUCAAGAAAUAAAUUAAUUACAUAAGAUGUUUUUUUUUACAAAAAUAAGAUCUAUUUUAUUUUCAAUUUUUAUUACAAUUCCAUCUACAAGUGCUAAUGGCAUUGCAGAAUCAUCUAAUAAUAUUUAUACCCAGAUAUCUUUACCUUCAACUUCUUCGUUAUCGUUUUCAUCUACAGCUAAUAUUGUAGCAAAUAGUAACACUCAUUUAGCAUUAACGAGUAAUAACCUUGAACAAUCAAUAAUUCAUGUUGAAUCAUCAAAUAUUAUGAACAGUCGAUGUGAAGAAAUCACUAUACCGAUGUGUCGAGGAAUAGGAUAUAAUUUUACGGCGAUGCCUAAUGAAUUGAAUCAUGACACUCAAGAAGAAGCUGGACUUGAAGUUCAUCAAUUUUGGCCUCUUGUUGAAAUAAAAUGUUCUGUAGAUUUAAAGUUUUUUUUAUGCUCGCUGUAUACUCCAAUAUGUUUACCUGAAUAUAGUAAACCACUUCCAGCUUGUCGAAGUGUCUGUGAACGAGCUCGCUUGGGAUGUUCUCCUUUAAUGGAACAGUAUGGAUUUUCAUGGCCUGAGCGAAUGGCUUGUGAAAGAUUUCCCCAUCAAGGAGAUACAGAAAAUCUUUGCAUGGAACAAGAUAAUAAAACACUACUUUCUACUGAAAUAUCUAUGCACACUCAGCCACCAGUUUCAUUACCCAAACCUACCAAAUCAUCGAAAAGUAUUCAGUCGCCAAAAUGUCAAGCUAGUAAAAAUUUUAAAAAUUGUCAAGAGAGUGAAUGCAAAUGUAGAUGCAGACCUCCACUAAUAUCGAUUGUAUCACCCAUACGAGAGAAUAGUGAUAUAUCUAGUUUCGAUACAUUUGGAAUUUCUGCACAUACCAAUUUAGUUUUAUCGCAGAAGUUAGAUGAUGUAGGAAUUCAGUAUUGUGCUCUACCAUGCCAUGGAGCAUUUUUAACUAACGAAGAAAAAGAUUUUGCUGCAAUAUGGCUUACGUUGUGGAGCGGCCUGUGUGCGACAAGUACUCUUGCUACAGUCAUCACAUUUUUAAUAGAUACGCAGCGUUUUAAAUACCCAGAAAGACCUAUCGUUUUUCUUUCAGCUUGUUACUUUUUAGUGUCUCUUGGAUAUUUAUCAAGAAGUGUAUUCGGGCACGAAGUAAUAGCAUGCCAUGGGAAUAUACUCAGAUAUGGUACACAUGGACCUGGCAUGUGCAUAGCUAUUUUUUUAUUAAUUUACUUUUUUGGAAUGGCUUCGUCAGUGUGGUGGGUUAUUCUAGCAUUCACUUGGUUUCUUGCCGCAGGCUUAAAAUGGGGAAACGAGGCAAUCGCAUCGUAUUCCCAAUACUUUCAUUUAGCUGCGUGGAUGGCGCCGUCUGCUCAAACAGUAUGGGCUCUUAUAUCUGGUAACAUUGGCGGUGAUCCAAUAGCUGGUGUUUGCACAAUAUCAUCAGAAGGCAUUCAAGUAUUUAUAAUAGCGCCAUUGUUAGUGUAUCUUUUAUUAGGAACAACAUUUCUAUUUGCUGGAUUUGUUAGUUUAUUUCGCAUACGUUCGGUAAUAAAACGUCAACCAGGCGCAAAAGCAGAUAAGUUAGAAAAAUUAAUGAUAAGAAUUGGAAUUUUUUCUGUUUUAUAUACGGUUCCAGCAAGUGCUGUACUAGCUUGCUAUUUAUAUGAAACAUUAUAUAGAAUAGAUUGGCUCACUUCGCUAACUUGUCCUUGUGAAGAACGCGUAAAACCUAUAUACUCAAUUUUAAUGCUAAAAUACUUUAUGGCAUUAGCAGUAGGAAUCACAUCUGGGGUAUGGAUUUGGAGUGGUAAAACUAUUGAUUCGUGGCGGCGAUUAUGGAGACGCUUAUUUCAAAAGUCACAAAAUAUUCCAAAUAAUGUAGCAGCUGUAACCGGUGAUGGGUUGGGAAAUGUUUCUAGUAACAAAGGACUUUUGAAUCGAUCAAUUGUUGCACAGUAUUCUACAGUUUCUGGACCAGGGAGCACCCUAUUACAGCCUAGCAGUAUUACUAGUACCUCACAACAUCAUAUUCACCAUCAUGUCUUAAAACAACCUCCAUUAUCACAUGUAUGACGACACCAGCUGGUGGAAGGUGAUUCAAGUAACAAUGGUUAUGAGCACCAAGAAAGACCUUCCGCCUUAAGCAAUUAUGGACCCAUUUAAUUACCUAUAGAUACAUUGUUUCUAAAUUAUAAUUUUAACUUAAUAUCCAUUUUACAAAUCAUUUUAAUUAUUAUCAUAUAUCUGGACAUUGAACAUUUGUAAUAAAACAUCU